AUGCAGGACCUCGCCCACCAUGCUGCGGACGUCCUGAGGUUCGGGGCGCAGGCACUGGGGGCCUCGCUGCUGCGGAUCUUGCUCCCCACAGUUGGCGUGUCCCGCGCCGCCGACCCUCUCCUGCCCAUCCUGCGUGUGGUCGAGCCCUCGUGCGCGGGCAUCGUGGCGGCGUACGCUGUGGCCGCCUGCACGGUCGGGCUCGCCGUCGGCGCUGGGGCAGGUGAGGCUUGCUCGGCGCCGAGCCCCAGCACUUCAGUGAUGGCGGGAGGCUUCCACGCUAUUCGCUACUGCGUGGGAGGUGUGGCUUUGUGGCACGAGCGCUUAGUGCUCGGGGUCUCGGCGGGGUUCGCGUAUGUCGUCACGCCCGACUUCGACGACUACGAUGAGCCGAUCGUGGUGGGGCCCGACGUGCGGGCCGUGCUGCCGCUGGCUGGACAGGGCGACACGCCUGCUGCGCUAGUCGGCGCCGCAGUGCAUCGAUUCAGACGCUUGCCGACGGCCGCGGAGCUGUGGGCUGCCGUGGGUCGCUCCGUGGCCGCGGGGUACCCGAUGCCAGCGGACCCUCUUCUUCUGGCUCUCGCGGCGGGCAACGCUGCAGGCGCGCCUCCAGGGCCCUUCCCGCUGGCGGACCCAGCAGCUGCGGCCGCCGCCGCGCCUGCGCCGCCUCUCGCCCUACCACCUGCGGAUGGUCCUGCUGCUCCCGUCCCGCCGGGGGCCGCCCCUGGAGUCGCGGCGCUGGCCGCCGCUCUGGGACCCGUGCCACCUGGCCCUGCCGCGGCGCCGCCGCUGGCGCCUGUGCCUGGAGCUGCGGCUGGUGGCGCUCUCGCGGUCGAUGCUCUUCCCGUUCCUGCUGGCGACUUCAGGGUGCUGCCGAUGGCGAUCAACCAGCGGGGCGAGCGCGAGCGGAGGUUCGGCGAGACGGUGAACGGCCUCUCAGAGACCGAGGUGGUGGGCUGGCCCAUCCAGGGCCCGCGUACUCUUCUCUGGUGCUUGUCCUUUAUGUCAACCAUGGCGGGGACGCCCACCGCGUGGCAUCAGCGGUGGCUCACGGCCAUGGCCCUGGCCGACGACGACGAGUACGCCAAGCUCCAUGAGACCCUCUGUCGGGUCUUAGACCUCGCCGUGGUCUACGACCAGCUGCAGGUGGCGGGGAUGGCGUCCUUCGAGGUCGUCGCACGUCAGCUUCAGCUGCUGGAGGAACGGGUGUACGAGUCUCGCUCGGCGCCCCCGACGGCUGCCGCGCCCAAGGCCAAGUCUGGAGCCAGGAGCGCCGCGACGGCCACCGCCGUCAGCAUGGCCGAGACGAGCUACUUCUUGUGCGCGGGGGUCUCCAAGGCCAACUUGUGCAUCUCUCCGAAGCUGCUCGAAUACAUCGCAGAUCAGAUGAAGGCGGAGGCCGCCAUCAGCAAAGAACGACGCAAGGCGCGUGAGGAGCGUGCCUUGCGGGCGCCAUGCUAUCUGAGAAGUCCAGGCCUGGCUGUGGGGCGCGCCUCAGUUGCGCCAGCCAGGCGCAUUGCCCCAGCGCUGCUCAUCAAGUUCGGCAGCGUGACGUUUUUCCUCUCCGUCCUAUCCCUGUGGAGCGACGAUCAGGCAGCCCUGGCAGAGUUGCUCGCGUCGGCGCCUGGAUACUCUGGUGAGUCUCGGGUGAGACCCUACGACAAGGAGCUCGUCUCCUGGCCGAAGCACGUGGCUGGCAUGCUAGAGUGGGAGGUCGCCGAACGUCAGGCGCCCUACUCCACAGACCAUGGCGACAUCAUCGCAGCUGGCUACGUGGAUAACUUCGCCACCGUCUCACUCAGUCCUGAAGUUGCCGCCGCUUCGUGCCAGGCCAUUCGAGACGUGCUGGUUGCGAGGGGCUUACCUGUAGAAGAGUUCGCCCCCGCGGCGCAGCGCGUCACCUUCACUGGCCUCGACAUCCUGGGUGACGUCGGCGUCAUCAGGUGCAAGGUGGACCGGUUGUCUCGGUUGCGCCAGGCCCUACUUGGGCUACUCAGACGUGGCUUCGCAUCUCCGCUUGCGUUGUCCGCCGUGGUCGGGCGCUGCACCUGGGGGAUGAUCACCAACAGGCCCAUGCUCUCCAUCUUCCACGCAGUCUACCGCUUCAUGGGUCAGGACUCGCGUCGGGCUUUGCCGCUGUGGCCGUCAGUCGUCUCUGAGCUCCGUGCCGCGGCUUCCCUCAUCCCGUUGUGGUGGGCUGAUGUCAGGGCAGAGUGGGCAGCCACCACCUUUUGCAGCGACGCCUCUCCAUACGGCAUUGGCGUGUGUCGCAAGUUCGUGGAACAAGAGGUCGUUGCUGCCACAGGUCGACUGUCUGAGAAAUGGCGCUACCGUUUCUCCGAUGCCGUGCACGCCCGCGCCCACGCUCUGGGAGUCGACCCGAACGUCGUGUUGGAAGCUGCCGUGAGCAAAAGAGGCCUCAAAGACUGCGAGCAGUGCCCGAGGCCUCCCGAGGCCCAAAGCAAGCCCUCGCCCACCGCACCAUCAUCACCUCGAGGGCUCGACGAGAUUUCGCUGGACGGCUUCGACGAGGUUCCCGACUCGAUCACGGCUUCCGACGGCUGGAGCACCAAGCGGCUGCACCCCGAGUUUCGGCGCCAGCGAGCCACGACCGUGACGGAGCAGAGGACCAAGACGCAUCCAGGACCACAACGGCUCGGGCGGGGUGCGCUCUCGGUCCUCGAGUCAGCUGCCGUGUCGGACACAACCAUGGCCAACUACUGGGGCGCCGCCAAGAAGUUCGAGGUGUGGUGCCGCUGGACGUCCCAGACCUUCACCACGGCGGCGGAGGUCGAUGUCAUCCUAGUUACCUACUUCGUGAACCUCUUUCUGGACGGCUUCGACAGUGCUACGGGCCGAGUCCUGCUCGCCUCCUUGAAGCACUACCUGCCUUCGAUCCUGGUGGGCAGGACGCCGUGCCCGCGUGCAGCUCGCGCCUUGACAGGCUGGCGGAAGCUCGUGCCCCCGCAGAUGCGACUACCCCUUCCACGGGCGGCGAUGGCCUCCAUCGUGGGCGUCCUCAUCUCGUGGAAGCUCUUCGGCAUGGCAGUGUUCGUCAGGCUGAUGUUCGACACCUACCUGAGGCCCAGCGAGGCCUAUCGGCUAACAGCGGGCAGCGUUAUUCGACCAAGACCCGAUGCCGCCCGCGGGUACGGACAUUGGGCCCUGAUCGUCAACGACGCCUGCCUCGAUCGUCCUGGGAAGACAGGGGAGAUGGACGAGAGCGUGAUCGUCGACAACCCGACGCUCUGGCCCCUUCUCGACGCGCUGGUGCUGGGCAAGAAGACGAGCGACGGCCUCUGGACCUUCGCCCCCGACGAGGUGCGGAGCAUGUUCCGUCGUGCUGCCGCGGCGCUCGGGUUGGAAGCCGAGUUGACGCUCUACUCCCUUCGGCAUGGGGGUGCGUCCGACGACCUCCUGUCUCUCCGACGCACCAGGAAGGAGGUCAAGGACCGCGGCCGAUGGAGGACGGACCAGAGCCUCCUCCGCUAUGCCAAGAGGGCUCGUAUGCAGCAGCGGAUCGCCUCCCUAGGCCAGAACCUGAUCGACUUCGGGCACGCGGUCGACUCGCAGAUGAACGAUCUCAUUCUGCUGACCACCUCCUCAGGCGUCUUCCCGCUGCAAGUGCCGCUUGCCGUGACGCUGACACCGCCAGCG